GUGCACCAAUACGUCAUAAAGCCGCUUUUGCCCAUCGAAGCCACUAAUGCGGUUAUUGCUGACAAAAGAACAAGUGCGUGCGUGUACAGUGAGGAAUCUUCUGGCUGGUUUGUUUUUGUUGUCCUGCUGUCAAUCAAAAGGGGGCAGGACGCUUGUCUCGUGCAUCCUAGCAUAGCUGGCUGCGUAUUAAACUAGCGAACAGCCGAUGCAGGAAGUCCAACAAAGUUGCUGUUUAAAACCACUUCAGUGUUUUAAUUGCACACCCAAAGGCGGACAUGACUUCUUCGGGCUCCUCGACAAUUGGGGAGCUAUUCCAUACUCUUGGUGAAAUGGGCUUCACGCAGGAGCAGAUCCAGGCGGCCGUGCAGGCCGGCCAUUUUUCCGUGAUGGACGCGGCUGAGUGGCUCCUGCAGGGUCAUCAGCAUCCACGACACAGUUUGCUCAAGCAGCAGACGGGGCCUGCCGAAACUGCGUUUGCGGCUUUUAACCCCCCUAAAGAAUCAGCAAGCGCAUCCGAAUCGUACGCACCUGCUGCUGACUGUCCAAUCGGCUCGUUAGUGCUGAGGCCGGAGAAGUCGUCGCCCCCAUCCCGAGAGCUGCACCCCGUCGAGUCUCGCAUCAAACAGGACAAAAGUGACUUUGAGGAGCAGCAAAGGCAACGCGUGGCUAAGGAGGCGCGGGCGGAGCGCCGGCAAAAGAAACAGGAGAGAGAGUUGGUGCUCAAGCGCAUCGCCGAUGAUCGGAGAAGCUUACAGGAGAAGAAAAGCAGCCAGUCAGGCGCUGCGGUGGGGGCGGCAUUGCCGUCCAAUGGCAAUCAAGGGCACGCUCAGGGAGGGAAGGUUCAGAGUAACGCGGAUAACAACUGUAUCCUCAUGAUCCGGCUGCCGUCCGGUGAGUCCAUGCGCGAACGCUUCCCGGCUGACGCGCCGCUGCGCAGCGUCGUGCAGCACAUCACCGGAUGUCACCCCUCCCUCCCCGCCUUCUCUCUCCUCCAGGGAUUCCCACGCAAACGCUUUGGGGAGGCCGAGCUAUCCUGCUCGCUGCGCUCCCUCGGCCUCACGCCCAACGCCGCCCUUUGUAUUCAGACAACCCCCCCGGAAACCCCCCAGGAUCCGGCCGGUCCUGCCCAGCCUCCCCCGGUUGAGUGCGACCGGCAGGUGUGUCCCGCUCCUCAGGCCCCCGCCGUCCAGGAGAGGGCGGGAAGGCCGGACCUUGGCAUACCCUCUCUGCUUCCCAAUCAUGUGUGGGAAGAGGCUGCCAGUCUCGCGGGUAUCGCUGGAAAUGCUCCUCUGCAUGGGCCCUCUCACUUUUGGGGGCGAGGCCAAAAGUUGGUUGCUGGCAAUCUCGAGGAAGCCGCUGACGUCCAACUCGACCAGGCAGAAGAGGAGGAGGAGCAGGAGGAGGAGGAAGAGGAGGAUGAUGAAGAAGAAGAAGAAGGAGGAGGAGGAGGAGAAGAGGGAGUAGCUCCACAUUUCCCGAACGGUAUGCCGCAGCUGCCAUUCCUCCUGGAGAACAGGAACCGCGGCGGUUUCGUGUCCAGGCAUCGCUGGCCCGAGCAGGGCAAUCGACUCAGGGAGGCCCCGGCAGACGAACCGGCGCACGAGCCAGAUGACGCCGAAGGGCGAGGGGCGCACGGAGCCGCCGGUCAGGCCGCCGUGGAGCGUCUGCUGCGGGUGGCGAGGCGCCAAGACGCCGGGCACGCCGCUCAGGGACAGCCUCUUCCCGCCAAGAGGUCUUUCAAGAUCCCCAGCGUCUCCUCGCUCUGCGCCUUGGCCACUCGCGCUACCGUUCACCUGAUGACGGCUCCCAGCAUGCAGUACAGCAGCAGUCUGGCCAGCCUGACUCCCGAGCUGGCGGAGCUUCUGCUGAGCCACAUGGCCCAGGAGCGUCUGCUGCGCCCACGCAACCUGGAGCUGUUCUUCGGCUGCCCGCUGCAGAAGUUUGUCCUCAACUGCUACCCGUACUCCACCAACGAGCUUCUGCGCCAGCUGCGUGCCUUUACCGCGCUCAAGCACCUCAGCCUGGUCAACUCGCCGCUCAUCACAGAUUCCGGCCUGUCAAUUCUCUCCAGUCUGGUUAAACUGCAGUACCUCAACUUGGCCUCCUGCAGCAAACUGACCGACUCUUGUCUGCAGUACAUCACAGUUCUCAAAAACCUGUCCUUCCUCUCACUGGACCAGACCAAAGUGACGGAUGCGGGAGUGACACUGUACCUGCGCUCGGCGCCGCCGUGCCUCUCGCAGCUCAGCCUCAACCAGACGGCGAUUGGCGAGGCCACGCUGGCCGCGCUGCCCGCAGGCGUGCCACAGCUGCGGAUGCUCAACAUCAAGCAGACCAAGGUGUCUGAUGUGUCCGCACUGUCCGAGUUGCCGGGCCUGCAGACACUCAACCUGGACGGCACGAACGUGACCGAGGCCUCGCUGGCGCAGCUGGGCGCCCACCCGUCCCUCUCGUCCCUCAGCCUCGCGGGGAUACGCGUGUCGGACGGCGACCGCGCCCUGCACGUCGUCUCGGGUCUGCCUUUGACUCACCUGAUACUCCCGGGACGUCACUCAGUCACGGAUAGCGGACUGGUGUUCCUUUCGCAGCUGUGGCUACUGACGGAGCUCGACCUGACGGAUUAUACGCAAGUCACAGACCAGGGAGUUCAGCACCUGUGUACUAUGACCAGGUUAAAGAAGUUGUCUCUGAGCAACACUCAAGUGACAGACACCGGGCUCACCUCCUUGCGCCCCCUGCUGGAGCUGCAGGAACUGUGCUUGGACCGAACGGCGGUCAGCAGCCGAGGAGCGGCGGCGCUCAUUACCUGCCUGCCGCACCUCCAGGUGUUGGGCUUGGCCAGCACUCAUGUGGGCGACAAUGUCGUGCGGCGAGGUCUUAUCCACUGCCCUCAGCUGGUCAAGUGUAAUCUCAGCCGCACCAGAAUCACAGAUAAGAGUGUGAAGUUUCUGGCGCGCAUGCGUCUGACUCAGGUGAACCUCGACGGCACCGGCGUGAGCCGGGCGGGCGUCGCCGGCCUGCUGGCCUGCGCUCACAUUAGCAGCAUCCGCGCCAGCAACACACGUGCUGUGCCCAUUGACGACGUCUCCGACGACGACGGGGAAGCGCUGUUGUAGCGAUGAAAAACACUCCCCGCCCCCACCCUGUUUAAAAAAGAAAAGACUCCACCUCCACGUUUGCACUGUUACGCCGUUGAUCUGUCCAUCAGUCAUGCUUGAAAAUGUUAAAACACAAGACUCGUUGAUGUACAAGACGGCUUAGAAUCAGGAUAAGGCAUUGUUGGUUCAUGACCUUUUUCUGACCUUUAUGUUCCUAGUCGAGCAUAACUGGUGUGGUAAUCACGCCCUGGGUCAAAUUGACCCAGAGCAUGUUUUAACAUACCAAUCAUAAUCUAAUUGACCCAUUUGAAAAUGUAGCUUAAAUGAGCAGUAAUAAUAUUUGUUUUUCUGUAUUUUACUAUCGGGCUUUCAAAUGCGGUUCCGUUUAACCAUAACCAUAGGAUUCAAAAGCCUGCUUCUGAGAUCCAAACGUAUUUUGGAGUACAGUAUCGUCAAUUUUCAAUACAGGGCAAUUUUACCAUAACUGGUGUGUCAAACAUAGUUCGGGCCAAAUUGACCCAUUUGAAAAUCUCAAUUAUUUCUGAAUAUUUUUUGGCACGUUAUUUUUUUAUUCAGCGGGAGCAAUAAUGUUCUCAGCUCCAAAUGUCACCAUGUCUGGGGGUUAAACAUGGCGUGGGUGAAUUCAGAAAGUGCAAUAGUAUUUGACACUACUGUUUUGUUAAUUUUUCAGGAGCAGUAAAUAUGUUCCCGGGUCAGUUUGACCCCAACCAUGUUGAACACCCCGGUUUAAAGGUGUAAGCAGUUGUAUGAAAACUUUAUACAACCGCAGCAAACCAACGGCCAUCUGUAGUGAACAAAAAUGCUGCUGCUCUACCUUGUAGAAGCACAGAACAUGCACAGCAUGAUCGAUCCCAUGCAGCAUGAGAAACUUAAAUUCAACAUUGUGGCUACAUGUUUUUUGUUUUGCGUGGUUUAGUCUAAAACACAACUAUACAUUUUGUGUUCUUCCUAAUUCCUUGAUUUUGGUUGACCUAAACGGACAGAGUAGCGUGAUUUAGUUUCGAAUGGUCACUUUUGCUUUGACAGCCAGUUUUCUUCAUACUUUAUUCAAUUAAAAAAAAAUAU